AUGAAUUUUUCCACAUUUCUAAGCAUAUUUUACGUUGCGCCCGCGCUGGUGCUCGCUGCAAGCUGCAACAAUAACUGCGGUCGGCAAGUCGCCGGAACAGGACGACGAGACCCUCCUCUCUCUUCAAGAUCAUCUCUGUGUUCAGAGUUUGUGACUACAUAUGUCACAGUCGCACGUGGACCACCCACCGACACACCGCAAUCGCGCGAAGAACCCUCGGUGCCGAUUGUCACGGGUACCAAGCCUACUUAUGCCCGCGCUUGUCCCGAUCCAACCGCCUACUGGUCCGCCUGCCAAUGCUUCACCGGGAUCAAGGCCACCACCAUCACUAUAGUGGCGGGAGUGGAAACAACGACCAGCAGCAUCCCAUCUUCACAGAUUAUCAGCACGCCUCUUGUCACAACGACCGCAACCCCCACGUCCGAUUCUCCCUCUCCAUCGUGUACAAUCGGCGCAGAGUUCGCGCUCCAUAUUAUCGAAGAGGAGUCGGACCUGUGCCAGAAUAUGCUCCUAGACCCAUACUUCGGGCCUGAGAACUACGACAUUGAAGGUCUCCUCCAAGGCCGACAUCCUAUGGGUGUCGGCACCACGCGGUAUAUUGAAUUUGAACAGCAGGAUGACAGCUUGCCUAUCAACUAUGGCGGCGUCCAAGGUCCCCCUGGAUCCAGCCUGAAGUGCAACAUCCUUGUACACCGCGGUUAUAUUAAAGCCACUCUGCCCGGCGCUUACGAGUUUCUCAUUAGCGAACCCCCACGCGAGGAUGUCCUUUUUGUGUGGUUCGGCGACAAGGCCAAAUCUGGGGCAUUCAACGUCAGUAACGCCGAUAUCAUUGUACCAAACGAUAAUGGGUGGCCCUAUCGCUAUUUCGUUUAUUUCAACGACGCCUCGGAGUACAUACCUUUCCGCAUGUUCUGGUCUCAUGGGAGGGGACGUAGCGAAUUCUUCGUGGGAAUCUUCCCAACGUAUCCUGUUGGCUUAGACGAGGACGUGGAGCCUGAGAAUCCAGUCUUCUACUCGAACUGUUCUGGUAGCAAGAGCCCUGCUCCGGCUUGGCCUUCCUGGGAAAGUGAGGACUACUCCGGAGGAAAUUGA